AUGCCAUCUUCAGAACUGCACACUCCCCAUCAUCGCAAGCGCUACGCGGCGAAGGUUGAGAAGGGGGAUAAUGCGUGGAAGCGAGAAUGGAAUGGGUUUAUCUCCGGCCUCAGUUUGAAACGAGUAUCGGACGGAUCGGUCGAUAUCGCGCUGCGAAUGGCAAAUGAUCUUCAACAAACAACCAACGAAACCCCCGCAUCCGGCGCAUCCUCCUCCGCUUCCGCUCGCCAACCACCCAAUAAAGGCGGCAGUAGUUGGAAUGAAAGUGACGAGGACGAUCAAGACGGCGGCGGUUUCACCUUUUCCUACCUCUUCAGCUCCCCCGCGGACCGCAAACUCGCUCGAGAGGCCAAACAAAAACAAAAGGACCGUGCAAAGGGGAAUCGAUCGGGUGAAGAAACUCAGAACCAGACUAGUAAGCAUCGGCAGGCUAUCUUAGAGUGCAAAGCACGCGGGAUGAAUGUGGAAGGCAUGACGCGUAAGGCGGUGCGUAGCUUUUUAAACCUUACGCGCUCUAAAGAACACGAAGAAGCUGAGCAGCGUGCAAAGGAAUUUAAACUGCAUCACUUAUUAGACGAAAAGUUAGCGUGGUAUCAACAGGGGCCCUCCCCAAUCGACCUUAUAUCCGAGAAUCUCGUCACUCGAAAGGCCGAAAAGAAGGGCAAACGGCUGCAGUUGAAGUACAAUUAUCUUCUUCCUCAUCCGUCGUGGAUUGCGCGCCGAGCGCAGCAGCGGCGAGAAAGUAUCCUAGUGGGGCUUGGCCGAAGGUUUGUAUUUGACGAGGAAACUGGGGUUGCCAUGGAUCCUAUUCACAACACAGUGGUGGACUUGACAAAAAGAAGUCUAACCUUCUCAAACCCCCCCAUUUGGGAGAAAGAAAUAGACGCCGAUGACAGCGAUUUCGGUACGGAGGGCUCUUCAUUUGUUGGCAGGGAGACGGAAACGUGUUCAGGGGUCACCCCAUCCGAGAAUCAUGCUUUGACUGAGAUUUCAAAGCGCCUUUGUCGCGAGGGUCAGACUCUGGAAGGGAAGAAUCCCACGCAGGAUUCCACCUCGAGGAAGCGUGAAAAGAAAGAAGGAUGGGAAACUCAUGCUCUAGAGUCCACUUCCAACGUCCCCGCGCCUUAUCUUUCGACCCGGAUGGAUGAUGCUAUUUUAGUGAAUCCCCUUACUUUACGUAGUUCAUUAACCCGUGCGGUGGUACGAUCGAAAUCCGCGGCGGAAGCGAUUCGGAAAGCAAAUCUUACGACUAACUACAUCAGUAAUAAGCUCUUGGCUGGAAAAAAUGCGUUAGGCAUAUGA